AUGAAUACGAACAGUUCAGAAAUACUUGUGGCAAGAAGCCAAUCACAUAUACUACAAAAAGGACCUGAAUAUUUCAUAGAGUCUCCAGGUUUAUCAUAUAAUGUGGUUUUAGAAUUCAAUUCCACUUUAGAGAAUAAAACAUUUAAUUUCACCGAUGAGUUCGGCGAGCCCUGGGAUGAAUAUAUAAAUCUUCUGAAAGAUCGUGCUGUUCUGGUGAUAUUUCUCCUUUUAUUUUCAUUAACUACUGUUUUUGGAAACAUGUUGGUAAUAUUAGCUGUUGUCAGAGAACGAUAUUUACAUACAUCAACUAACUACUUUGUAACAUCAUUGGCAGUAGCCGAUUGCCUAGUUGGACUUGUGGUAAUGCCAUUCUCUGCACUUUAUGAGGUUUUGGAGCACACUUGGUUCUUUGGCGUUGAUUGGUGUGACGUAUGGAGAUCUCUGGAUGUGCUAUUUAGCACUGCAUCCAUAUUAAAUUUGUGCGUCAUAUCCUUAGAUAGAUACUGGGCUAUUACUGACCCGAUCACAUAUCCCAUGAGAAUGAGCGGACGAAAAGCAGCCUUCCUUAUAGCGGCAGUAUGGGUGUGUUCCGGUGCUAUAUCAUUUCCGGCCAUCGCGUGGUGGCGUGCAGUGCGCUUAGAGGAAGUGCCAGACUAUAAGUGUCCGUUUACGGAAAAUUUGGAGUACAUUAUAUUCUCAUCGACAAUUUCAUUUUAUUUACCUUUGUUUGUUAUGGUGUUCACGUAUUACCGUAUAUAUCGUGCCGCUACAAUUCAAACUAGAUCUUUAAAAAUAGGUACGAAACAAGUUAUGAGACCAAGUGGCGAGUUAGAAUUAACAUUGCGUAUUCAUAGAGGUGGAACUAUGCGGCAAAGAGCUGAUGUGUGUCACGGGAUGUGUACCCCCGAAGACGCUGAUCACGAACCUUUGACGGCGUUACAAAAUAACGGUCUGUCGCGGUCAUCGACGCGUUUGACAAAUUUGACGCAUAACAAAAAUUUACCCAAAAACUUUUCCCUUUCUCGGAAAUUGGCAAAGUUUGCGAAAGAAAAGAAAGCAGCCAAAACUUUGGGUAUAGUGAUGGGUGUGUUCAUAGUGUGUUGGUUACCGUUUUUCGUAGUUAAUCUUUUAUCCGGUAUAUGUUCAUCUUGCAUCACUCACGAAGAGAUCGUGAAUGUGGUGGUGACGUGGCUUGGAUGGGUCAACUCUUCGAUGAAUCCAGUGAUCUACGCUUGUUGGAGCAGAGAUUUCAGACGAGCGUUCCUGAGAAUUCUAUGUGUAUGCUGCCCAAGGAAGCUACGUAGAAAAUAUCAACCCCAGCUGAGAUUUAAGCAAUCACAGUGGCGAACGACCCGCCGUUAUUAUUCCUCCGGAGAACUUCAAGCUAUAAGACAAAACUCCUGCGAACAGACUUACAUAUAG